UGCUUUGGGGUGGACAGCCAUCGUCCAGCGUCGCCACGUCCAGCUUGGUGCCACGCCCCGGCCGGUGCUGCGGGAGCCCCAGCCAUGCUGUUCUGGCACACGCAGCCCGAACACUACAACCAGCACAACUCUGGCAGCUACCUGCGUGAUGUGCUGGCUCUGCCCAUCUUCAAGCAGGAGGAGCCACAGCUCUCACCUGAGAAUGGGGCCCGCUUGCCGCCUCUACAGUAUGUGCUGUGCGCUGCCACCUCUCCAGCUGUGAAGCUACACGAAGAGACCUUGACGUACCUCAAUCAAGGUCAGUCAUAUGAAAUCCGGCUACUGGAGAACCGGAAGCUAGGGGACUUCCAAGAUCUGAACACGAAAUAUGUGAAGAGUAUCAUCCGUGUAGUUUUCCAUGACCGCCGGCUGCAGUACACCGAGUACCAGCAACUGGAAGGUUGGCGGUGGAGCCGGCCUGGGGACCGCAUCCUGGACAUUGAUAUUCCACUGUCUGUCGGUAUCUUGGACCCCAGGGCCAGCCCAACCCAACUGAAUGCUGUAGAGUUUUUGUGGGAUCCCGCAAAGAGAGCAUCUGCAUUCAUUCAGGUGCACUGUAUCAGCACGGAAUUCACCCCCAGGAAGCAUGGGGGUGAGAAGGGAGUGCCUUUUCGGGUGCAGAUUGACACGUUUAAGCAGAAUGAGAAUGGGGAAUACACGGAGCAUCUCCACUCUGCCAGCUGCCAGAUCAAGGUGUUCAAGCCAAAGGGAGCUGAUCGGAAACAGAAGACCGACCGGGAGAAGAUGGAGAAGAGAACAGCUCAGGAGAAGGAGAAGUACCAGCCGUCCUAUGAAACCACCAUCCUCACUGAGUGCUCUCCGUGGCCUGAUGUAGCCUACCAGGUGAACAGCACUCCAUCCCCAAGCUACAAUGGCUCUCCCAACAGCUUUGGCCUCCGUGAAGGUAACAGCUCACCUACCCACCCGGUGGAGCCCUUACCCCUGGGCAGUGAUCACCUGCUCCCAUCAGCUUCUAUCCAGGAUGCGCAGCAGUGGCUGCACCGCAACCGCUUCUCACAGUUCUGCUGGCUCUUCGCCAGCUUCUCAGGUGCUGACCUGCUGAAAAUGUCCAGAGAUGAUUUGGUCCAGGUCUGUGGCCCCGCAGAUGGGAUUCGGCUCUUCAAUGCCAUCAAAGGCAGGAAUGUGAGGCCAAAGAUGACCAUCUACGUGUGCCAGGAGCUGGAGCAGAACCAAAUGCCCCUUCCACAGAAGCAGGAUGACAGCGGAGACAAUAGCCUGUGUGUGUACCACGCUAUCUUUCUGGAAGAGCUAACCACACUGGAGCUGACUGAGAAGAUUGCCAGCCUGUACAGCAUCCCCCCGCAGCAUAUCCACCGCGUGUACCGACAGGGUCCCGCUGGCAUCCAUGUGGUAGUGAGCAAUGAGAUGGUUCAGAAUUUCCAAGAUGAGUCUUGUUUUAUCCUCAGCACGUUAAAAGCAGAGAGCAAUGACGGCUACCACAUCAUCCUGAAGUGUGGACUCUGAGCAACAGUGACCUGCACCUGCCCCCAGCCCCAUGGACCCCUGGCUCUAGACGUUGCACCCGCUGUCAGCUGCUGUCUCAUCUCACAAGCUCCUACUAGGAGGGCCUCUGCCCAGACCAGGAAAGCUACAGACAGCCAUGGACACAAAGUCUGGCAUGCAGAAAGCCACUUACUUAUUCCUUACUCUUUUCUUCUUGGCUUUUAGCUUUUUACCAGUUUCUUGUUCUGCUUCCCAGGCAGAUAGUGGGGACCUGCAUCUCUUAAACCCUGCGCCCUGCAGUUGGAGGCCCCUUAGAUUAUUGGUCUCUCCUGACUGUUCUUCCUGCCCACCCCGUCCUGCCCCUCCUUGAACCACUAGCUUCGUGGCUAGCUCUACCAGCCUGACAGGGACACCUUGCACAGCGCUCCUACUGACUUCCCUUCUCAGUGACCCUCGUGGCCUCUCUCUCCUGUCCAUGGAUGAACCAGUAGGACUGGGGCUAUUUAUCUUGUGCCUUCCUCCUCUUUCUCAGUUGCCUUGUUUCUAAGGCUCUGCUGCGUUCAAGCCCGGAGGCUUGACAAGCAGAUGCCGCAGUGCACCUGUGUGACCUCUCGUGGACACCUUUUCUGUUACUGUGAUAAGAGACUCUGACAAAAGCAAUGUAAUGGAGAAACGGCUUAUUUUGGCUUAGCGCGUUUUGUAGGGGUAGACUCCUUAUCAUGGUGAGGAAGGUACAUAGUGGAAAGCUAGUUGAUCUCAUGUUUAUACACAUAAGGAAGCAGAGAGAGAAAGAGCGAGAACAGGAAGUAGUACAAGGUUACAAGCCCUCAAGGCCCACAUCAGUGAUAAAGUUUCUCCAGCAAGACUGCAUCUCCUAAAGUCCCAUAAUAUCCCCAGACAACAACACUAGGUAGGAUCACAUGCGCAAAAACAUAAGCCUCUGAGACACAUUCCUCAUCUAAACCAAACGUUUUCCCUGUGUGACCUCCCACAGCUGCUAUGGACUAGGAGAAGCAUGAGAACAAAAUGAUUCCUCUUGGGCUGCUACAGUGUACUUUCUUUCCUGUUGAGUAAAGAGUACUAAAGAAGUGAUGAUUCCAUUGUAUCCCAGUGGCCUUGACCAUCGGUUCUAGACCUUUGGGAUUGGGCUAUGGCUCAGUAGACCCCUUGCCUGGCUCAAGCAUGAGGCACUGGGUACCAUCCCAAUACUACAACCAGAGGGACUUAUGCCAUUCUGUUUUUGAGACAAUCUCAGCUAAGUACUGCUGUUUGCCAAGUUGUCUAGGGGAAGUGUAUUUUCUUCAGUGCUCCAUUUGAUUUAAGAUCCUCUUUUCCCAGCUGUAGGUGUAUAUAUAGGUUAUUUUAUCUUUGUUGGUAUGGUUGAAUCAGCGUUCUUAAUUAUGGGGGAGUUUGAGGAUCAGUAGCUGUGGUAGACGUAAGAAUUUACCUUCAUUUUGCCAGUUAUCUAUGCCUGCCCAAAGUUUCAACUCCUUCCUAAUUCAACUUACCCUGAGCCAUGGUGAGAUACUGCUAGGCUCAAAGAUCAUCAGGUUUUGGAAAAUCCUGUUUUACAGGCAGAGAAACUCUUACAGUGAAGUGGAGCUUUCAGUUCCUCAUCUUUGGGGAAUGUGUGGGUGGGGUUGACAGCUUUAGUGAGAUGUUGGUGCUGUGAACAUAUUGGCACAGGCUUUCCUGUGGACAGCUUCAUUUGGGGAAUUUGUCUGGGAGUAGAGUGGACAGCUCCUGAGAUAACUGUGCACCCCUUUGAGGAACUGCCCAGUGUUUCUCACUUACCUGCACCUGUUUGCAUUCCCACCAGCAAUGGAGGAUGGUUCUAGUUUCUCUGCCUCCUCACCAACAUUUGCUGUGAUAUCGCUCUUGCCUGCUCUCUCUCCUUCCUCCUUCCUUCUUCCUUCCUUUCCUUCCUCUCUCUUUCCUUCCCUCCCUCCCUCCAUCCCUCCCUCCCUUCCUUCUAUGUAGUCCAUUCUGGCCUCAAAAGUCACUGGGUAAAAGAGGAUAUUGAACUUCUGAUACUCCUGCUUCUACCUCCCGAGUGAUAAGAAUACAGAAAGUGCCUCCACACCUAAUUUAUGCAUCGCAGGACAGAAUCCAGGGCUUUGUGCUUGCUAGGCAAGUGCUCUACCAACUGAGCCACUUCCCUUAUGCUAAAUAUCCUGCAGGUGUCCUGCAUGCCUCUGAUGGUUAAUGGUGUUCAAUGUCUCUUCACAUAUUGAUUGGCUAUUUGUAUAUCUUUGGGGAAAUGUCUGUUCAAGUCCUUUGCCAAUUUUUAAAUUGGGGUGUCUUUUCAUUGACUUGUACAAGUUGUUGGUAAAUUCUAGGUGCAAACCCUUUAUCAGUUUUUCUUCAUUCUGUAAGUUGUCUUCAUCCUCUUAAUGAUUGAUGUUCUGUGGGCUGUACAAGUUUCUAAGUUGGGUGGGCGUGGUGGUAUGAAUCAGCACUCCCAGUACUCAGAAAGCUGAGGCUCCCACGUCCAAGGCCAGCUGAGCCUACAUAGUGAGACCCAGUCUCAAAAAACAGUUACUAUUUAUUUAGUUUGUGUGAUGCCUGAAUUACCUUCUGUUGAUCAUGCUUUUGAUGUGGAUGCUAAGACACCAUGACCUAAUGCAAACCCAGGAAAAUCCAUGUUUCUUAGAAUUUUUUAAAAAUGUAAUGUUAAUUUUUUUAUGUGUGUUGGCAUGUUGCCUACAUAUAUGUCUGUGUGUGGGUGUUGGAUCCCCUGGAACUAAAGUUACAAGCAGGUGUGAGGUGCCAUUUGGGUGCUGGAAAUUGAACCCUGGUCCUUUGGAGGAGCAGCCAGUGCUCUUAACAGCUAAGCCCUCUCUUCAGCCCCUCUUAGAAUUUUUAAAGUUUUAGUUGUUACCAUGAGCUCUGCUCCAAUCUGAAUUACUUUUACAUGUGUGGCAUGUAGCUUGGAAGUCCAGUUUCAUCCUUUUGCAUGUGAGUAUCUGCUUUUUAGCCCUAAUUACUGAAAGGACUGCAUCUCCCGUAGGCAGUCACUUCCAUUGGAGUCCUCUGAUACCUACUAGAUCUCUAGGGGCCUGGUGGAACCAUUGCUGAUCUCUUGUUCCUUUCCCCUUCACAAUCUGCAUUUGGGUCUGUUGCUCCUCUGCCCUUUUGUUCUUCCUGUCAGCAGGACUGGGUAACGCCUCCCCGUUCUGCCAUCUUUCCUGGUGCAUGGCCUACCACUCCCUAAUUCUAGAGGAAGGUCACAACCAAACAUUUACAUGCUUGGAUAGAGAGGCAACCUUAGAAUAUUUGCUCAAGGUCAGACACUGGUGGAAAUAGGACUAGACUUUGGGCCUCUGACUUUCAGCCCAUCAAGAUACCUGUGGCCUUGUACCCAAGUAAUGUCUCUACAUGGGCCAUAUGAGGAGAGACUAAACUGAUACUUUUCUGUCCCAUACCAAAGUGGUCUAAAUGGAGAGCAAAAGAUGGCACACUGUAGAAAGAGCAGAUGGCAUGGGCAGUUCAUGUCUCGUCUUGGGGUCUGUAUUACUUUUCUCAUUGUUGUGACAAAAUGUCUGACAAAAAAAAAAAACAAAACAACAACUUACAGAAGGAAGUGUUUUUUUUUUUUUUUUUCUGGCUCACAGUUUGAGGGUACAGCAUCAUGGCUGGGAAGUCUUGGUGGCAGGAGCGUGAGGCAGCCAGUUACAAGGCAUCCAUAGUCAAAAAGCAAAGGCAGGUGAAUGUGGGUACUCAGCUUUUCUUUUUUAUUUGGUGCACAACCUCAGCCCGUGAAACUUCAGCGUGGGUCUUCCCACCUCGGUUAAUUAACCUAGAAAACUGCUCACAUACUUAACCCGGCAGGGGAGAGACUGAUCAAGGAGAUGGUCGUGGUGGGUCGAGGCUUAUUCUUUGCACUCUAGGUGUGCUGACUUUGGAGUUCCUCAAAUACAGGAAACUUGACCACAUAAUUUUUGGUAGUGGAGGAAUACAUAUUUGCUCUUGCUGAGUAAAUUAAAAGACCAGAAAAGAAAACCCCUCACAGACAAAGCUAGAGGUUUGUUUCCAUGGUGAUACUAAAUCCCAUCAAGUUGACAAUCAAGAUUAGUCAUUGUGGGGGUCUAGAAAAGGUCAGACAUUACCCUAGUGACCUCUUACCCAGUCUGCCUGGAGCCCCUUGAGAGCUAUUAACCGAGAAAGGGCUGGAACUCACAAGCACGUCACCAGUUCCUAAGUCCAGUGUUGCUUCAGGGGCUGGCCCAAGUGGCUGGAGUUCUGAAAAUCAUUAACAUGUUGGUGGAAGAAAUAGAAAGGCUCUUUAGCUGUUGUCAGUGGAAAGUUGAGGUUGUGGGGGGCAAAGGAAAUUGAAUGUGGUAGCUCCCUUAGGUACAUUGGAGGGGCAUGACCAAAAGUCAAGGGUCCCAGGCCGCAUCAUGAACGACUGCCUCCCUUUAGUACAAGGUGAGCAAUAUAGCCCAUUGGUAGUGUCCCUGGGCUUGAACCCCAGAACUGUCCCCCAAAGGAAACAAGGAACACUGACGUGGAGACCUCAGAGCCUGGAGUCUGUAGUCCGUAGGUGAAUCUGAGCUGUGACACAACUUUAGCAUUGCUUUCUCUUCCUCGAAGCCAUGCAACGGAGAGGUGAACUUUGCUUGUCCUGGGUGUGCAAAGUGCCACCAGGGCUCUGUACAUCAGCCCUCAUGGAUGCCUGCUCACCAAGCGCAGGCAUCCCCUCUGCAGUUGGAUAGCGUGUGUUGUGUGUAGGUGUGGACCUUAGAGUGGCAUGCUGCUGCCUGCUAGUCUACUUGGCCAGUAUGGAAUGCUCAUACCUUUUCUCUUUCCUCUUCCCAUCUCUGCCCUUUGAAGAUGGGGUUACUGGACCCGAGAACCAGUGAGAUCCUGGAUCCCUUCCUGAUGCUACCCAACCCCACCAGGCUCACAGUAGACUGCUGAGCCCCCUCUAGGUAUUGCUGUUACCCAUGGUAAAGUGCCAACAGACUCUGGCCUGAGCCAUCAGCUGUUCUUCUUCUUCUUCUUCUUUUUUUUUUUUUUUUAAUUUUAUUUUUCUUUUUAGUUACAUUUUGUUAACUCUGUGUCCCCGCUGUAUCCCGCUCCCUCAUUCCCUCCCCAACCCCACACUCCCUCCCUGGUCUCCUCCCUGCCCCUUUCCAAGUCCACUGAUAGGGAAGGACCUCCUCCCCUUUCAUUUGACCCUGUUUUAUCAGGUAUCUUCAGGGCUGGCUGUAGAGUCCACCUCUGUGACCUAACAGGACUGCUCCUCCCCUGGGGGUGGGGGGAGUCAAGGACAGGCUGUUCUUCUUAAGGGCUAGAGUAAAGAGCUCUGUGUUCCCCUCCUUUCAGGGUUCCCCUUCAACUUUGCAAAUGGGAAUUGCAGCCUGUGCUGUCAGUCUGGUUUUGCCUUCAAAUGGUUAAUAGAAAACAUUGUCUACAAACCUAGAUUGGGAAAUGAUAGCCCUGCCAUCAGAAAUUAUACUAAAUUAUUAUAUUUUGAAGUGCUUAUGUUAAAUCAUGCGGGACUGGGGUGUGGCUCAGUGGCAGAGCAGUUGCCAAACAUAAGCAAGGCCCUGGGUUUUAUCCUUAGCACCAUACAACCAAUAAUAUAUUAUAGAGGUAAUGGUGAGACUGGGAGUGAAAGCAGGGUGACUGAAUUUGAGGCUAGUCUGGGCUAUUAAAAAUUAGAAUUUUGUUUUCUCAUUUACCAACAUAAUUUUACCUCUUGAUCCUUAAAUACUGAAAUGUUUACUCCCUAGCCCCUUCUCUUUUUAUAUUUUUAGUGUUUUUAUUGUUUUAUUUUGCAGUGAUAGGGAACAAACCCAGAACUCGGGGCUUCAUACAAGUGAGGCAUGUGUUCUUCCACUGAGCUAGCUCCUGAGUUUGAACCCAGAACCCAGAGAGACCCAUGCAUGCAAGGCAAGCACCCUACACCCUACUACUCGGCUACCCUUAACCUAAGUUGCCUUCUGUCUCCUUCGGAUCAUUUAAGGCAGUUUCAGAUGUUAAGGGCUAUCUUAAAUAGCAAAUGCAUUUUGCAUAAGUGUAGAAGUAGAAGGUGUAUUCAAAGAAGUCUGGAGUGUUCCUUGCCUUCUGAUUGUCUCCCUACUGGAAAGUUCUGGUACUCACUUGGCUCCUACGAACUCUGCCCAGCCUCUCCAUGGGAGUACAGAGGUCUCUUCCUCAAAUGCUCACUGUUACCUGGAAUCCUGCUCGGCCUUUGUCCUGGUCCCCUGGCCAGGGUCUGAUAGAAGAAAGGACUUUUGUGCUGUAUUCAUGGGCUGUGAAGCUGGGUGGGGGAUGUGGUGGCCUGGGCUGCUCACCAGAACCUGUCCUGGGAAGGACAGCUUGAUUUCAGCAAGUGCCUUGAACCCCAAAGCUCUGUUAGCAUCCCUGGAGCUCGCAGGCCUUCUCCCCAUGUGUGCUGGCCCCUUUCUGUGCAGGGUUGUGAUUGCUGGUCAGCUAGCUUCCUGCCUCCCUGGACCCAGAUGAACUUCCUGGCUUCAUGGGACAACUUUCAUUCAAAACACUAUAAACCAAACAACCUUAAACAGAAUUCCCCUUGGGCCAUGUGUACAGCAGAUGCAAAAACAGAAUUUUGUGUUUAGGUCUAAGUCCCAUCUCCAAGAUAAUACAUAGUAUGUACGUAUGUAUUGGUAGCUCCGAGAUCUCAACCCACCCUGAUGUAGGCUUGUUUGAGCCAGGAUGAGUAUCUGGCAUCCAGUCCAGGUCUCCUCCAGGCCACAUCUGGUACAUAUAUGGACAAGCCCAAUUCCACAGAGCUGCCCUGAGCCUUUGUCCUUGGGCUGACAGCACUACUGGGAGAGCUUUGUGGGGCUAGGACUAGAAACAAGCAAAAGGGGGCUGUUUCAUGCACUUGACUCAUCUUUUCCUGCUGGGUUAAAGGCUUACUGGGUAAAAAGUUACUUACUAUGUGCUUGUCGUGUCCAUGCUUCAAAGCGAUUCUUAAGAUGUACCUCACCUACCUUCUUCCUCUAGAUUGGUAGGUGAUUCUUUUUUUAAAGGUGGUGGGGGAUUUUGGGGGUGGUCCAGAUUCAUCAAACAUAUGUGGCAGGCCAUCAGGAGGUGGCCACGGGAACCCAUGUUGUCAUAACCCCAUGUUGUUUUUGUACCUGAAAUAAAGCAUAUUUUGCACUUAUAAGUGAGAUCUGUAUGUGGGCUCUGUGCUGGGUCAGAAUGCAAAUAAACCAUUUGUACAAAA